AUGUCUGCGGCGAACUCCCCUAGGCGCUCCUUUGAGGCUGACGAACGACCCGAAUCCUGUGAUCAUACGAUCUCACCUGCGGGGUCCGGCCACGCCCGCAGCCUGUCCGCCGACGUGAAGCCUACAGACCCAAGUCCACAGCGGAGAUCGAUCCAGUUUAGUGUCGGGCCUGCCGAGACUCAGCUACCGACUCGCUCGUUGAGCUUCAAGGACAAGAGACUAUCGUAUGGGGAUACCCCGACGAGGGACAUCGAGGAGAAAGAAAGGGAACACAAACAUGUUCAAUCGAGCCGAGGACCAUCUCCCCCGCCCCCGAAGACUUACGAGCGGGGUGUCUCUUUCGACACCUUUGAUAAUUUCGAUGCGACCGACUUCUCCCUCACAUUGAACUACAAACACAAAGGAUACCAGUGCACGCGUCGUAGUAGGACGUUUUUGUGCGGAACUGACCAGAACGAUUACUCCGAGUUUGCUCUCGAAUGGCUCAUUGAUGAGCUGGUGGAUGAUGGCGACGAGAUCGUCUGUCUUCGAGCGGUGGAGAAAGAUUCGCGCAUAGCCAGCGAUACGGGCAUUGAAGAAAGAAAAUACCGCUUGGAGGCCGAGAAGCUAUUCGAGCAGGUGAUUCAAAAGAACAGUCAGGAUGAGAAGGCUAUCAGCUUAGUUCUGGAACUUGCCGUGGGCAAGGUGGAGAGCAUCAUCCAACGCAUGAUUCGCAUAUACGAGCCUGCCAUGCUUGUCGUCGGCACACGAGGGCGCAACAUGAAAGGAGUACACAGUCUACUCCCAGGAUCUGUUUCCAAAUACUGCCUCCAGCAAUCACCCAUUCCGGUCAUCGUUGUGCGGCCAUCGCCAAAGCGUGAAAAGAAAAAGAAAAAGCGCCGCGCAGACCCCUCACGGCGCAGCUACAACCAUAUUCUGGAACUGAGCGAGCAACGCGGCAGUCAGAUAUUCGGCGCCAGCUCCAGCAACGACAGCAGCACUUCGAAACUGCCUGACGAGGAGGCUGCAGUGGCCGAGGCACUCGGUCUCCCUGCUUCAUACUCGAAUGCGAACUCGCGCAGUUCCUUGUCGGUCUCGGACCGCAGUAGCAUCAGCCAUGAUGAUUCCGACACACUUUGUUCGGCUCGUUACUCUCUGGAUGCGGUGCUCAUGAAUGAUCCCAUUAUCCGAAGCCCGGCGGAUAGCUCUCAAGAGAGCAUCAUUACCGGUGACGGCGCCCAGCCAUCCCCUUCACUAGAUGGAGCCGCAGAAUCCCCUUCCCCACCUGCUGAAAUCGACUCUUCAGCUUCCGACUCGUCUUCAACCACAGAGGCCGAAAAUCCCGACGAGAUCAAUAUCUCCGGCUCAAUCAAACCCGUAUCCAUCCCGAUGAUCGAAGUCUCCGGCGACAAUGAAAACAACACGAAGGUGUCCUGA